UUUUAUGGGGAUGUGAGUGCAUAGCCAAACAAACCAUCUAUUUGUUCAGUUCCUUGACUUUCUGGAUGGAAUAUUGGCGUUCUUUCAUCUCAUUGUUUUAGGGCUUUGAGUGAUCUUAUGUAGAGUUCAAGGUCAAGGUCAUUCACGAUGCCAAGGUCAAUAAGAUCAGCGAGGUCAAACUCGAUCUGCAGCACCGCCUCGGAUGGAGAACGGAAUGCCAAGCUCGAAUUUUUGGCUUCAAAAGUCAAGAUGGGAAAAAAAGUUGAGAAGGGUGGAAAUAAGGACAAGAACCCGUCAGCCACCAACCAGGAUGAAGUCGACUCAAACAGGGCUCUAGAGCCCUAUGUGUGCACCGGCAACUUCACAGCUGACUUCACUGAGUUAUGUCGUCGUGCAAAUCUUGCAUACACACCCCCAGUUGUGCCCCGCCCUAAGCCGCCUGCCCCUGUUACCCAGCAGGAGGCAAGCCCAGUCAAGGGCGGGAAAGACAAAGGGAAGCAAUCCGCCUCACAACCAGAACCUGAGCCCGAGGAAAACCCAGAAGAAGAAUCAGGGGAUGCCCCACCCAAGACAUAUACAAUGAAGGAUAAGUUUGAAUACUUCAAGCCUUGUGUUCAGGUUGAAAUGGAGGAAAAACAUGAGAUUGUCACUGAGGUCUUCAUAAGAGGUUGGAAGAUCGACACACAGAUGAUGGAUAUUUUCACCCAGUGCUGGCCCACCAUGGACAAACUUAACUCCAUUAACCUAUGGAAUACAGGAUUGACGAGUGAAACCUUACAUAAGCUGGCAAACAUCCUUCCUCAGUGUGCUAACCUCAAAAAUCUGACAUUGGAUGGAAACACAGCAGAAGAGGAGAACUGGUAUGAACUCAUCACAGAAGAAAGCCUGAUCCAGAAUCUAUCCCUGCGCCACUGCAACAUAACGGACAAGGGAGCUGUUAUGAUUGGCCGAUGUCUAGGAAGUGCCAAACGAGGAAACAAACAACUCCUAUCUCUCAAUCUUAGUAACAACAAAAUAGGAGAUGAGGGAAUCAGAGAAAUCGCCCAGGGUUUGCGGCUAAACCGAACUCUUCUCUCCCUGUCUCUAGCCAGCAAUGAAGUAGGCGAUAAAGGUGUCAUCAAACUGUCUGAGGUGUUAUCCCGUUUUCCACUCACACACGAGGAAGUUGUAGAACGGCGGAAACAACAGUCUGACAGAUCCUCACCAGACAGAAAUAAAUCGCCUCCAUUAAGUCGCCGUGCCGAGUCUAAAGAUCGACCCGGGAGUGUACGCAGUAAUACACACACAGAUAAGAAGAAAAUGCCAAGUAUUUCAGCUAAGGGAAAGAAAGAUGCCAAGGGAGGUAAGGACGAAAAAGAGGAAAAACAUGAUAAAACCAAGGGCAAAAAGGACAAGGAAGAGAAACCAGCAGCAAAGAAAGAUCAUUUAAAGGUCAGCCAAGGUCACUCACAUAGGUCAGGUAGUCCAAAACAUGACCAUAGCGGUGGAGCAAACGUAGGUGGUAGAAGCUCGGGAGAUUCCUUACUAAGUGUGCCUAAUGGUGGCUCGGGUGGUCGAAGGGCUUCAAUAGCGGCAGACUCGAAAAAGAAGGGUGGUAAACCAGCCAAGGGCCAGGGUAAACCAGCUACCCAGGAAACAGAGACGUCCGACAGUCCCGAGUUUAUAAACCCACUUCUAGAAGGAGGUGACUUGAUUGAUGGGCAGUUGUGGGUGGCAGGAAACAGGGUGCUCAUUAACCUAAACCUUACCCGUAAUCCAAUUGGGGAGAGUGGCCUUGAAGCUCUUCUAAAGGCCAUGCAAUACCAGGCGACCUUGACAUUGGACAGCCACGGAGGCACUGGACUCAUGAGACUACUUGUUGGUAGAAGCCGCAGAUCAGAGCACUCCUUCAGUCGAAUGACCCUCCAACGUGAACAUGACGUGAUGCAGAAAAUCAACGACCUGAUGACCCCUAAAGACCCAUUCUACAAGCCCCCUCCACAGACCCCGGAUGUUGAAUCUUAAACUCUUCUUUUUUUUUAAAGUGUAUUUUUAAAACGAGCUUUUAAAGCUUGUUGAACAUAAUGGUACUGGCCAAAAAAUAUUUAAGGUUUAAAAUCUGCUUGUUGAAACUGUUGCCGGCAAAAUCGUUCAAACAGAUCUGUUUUCAUUAUUUAAACAAUUCCUGAUAUUAAUGAGUCCGUCCAUAAAUGUUUUUUCUUCAUGCUUUAUAGACAAACUUAAGCAAAUUAUUUUAAUUAUGUGCUAGCUGAAUAGUUUCUGAGAAGUAAAGUUAUUUAUGCAGUCUGUGAUAAACUUGUUUACCUUGUGUUUUGUACGUUGUUGUAUUUUCUAUGAAAUAAAUUUGGAAAU